GCAAAAUAAUCUCAGGUCUUCUGGCUUCGAGUUGUUUCUAGGGUUUGAUGCCAUUGUUAUGAAAGCUCUUUAACACCGAGGGUUCAAGUGUGGUUAGAGAAAUGAAUUCUGCUGAGGUGAAUCCUAGGGUUUUUGGCGAUAGUUUCGUUACUUUUUCUGGUAAUGAUGGCUCGAGGAAAUUGGAAACGAUUGAUCAGGCUGAAGCUUUUCUUAUGGAGCUUGAUUCGGUUGCUACAGACACUGGAAGUGAUGGUAAUGGAAAUGUCGAUUUAGGUCCUCGAGUGUCUGACAGUGAAACAGAACCUAGGUUUUGUGAAAUGAAAAUAGAGAAUACUGAUGACCGAUUUUAUGAGCUCUGCAACGAAGGCGAUGAGAAGACAAUGGAGAAAAAUCGAGUUCCGGACUACAAAUCUUACUUAUCCGAGUUUGACCAUUAUGUUGCAAGCGAGAAAAUGGGUUCUGGAAAUUGUAAGGCAUUGUGCUAUGGGUUUGAAGUGGGAGAUAUGGUAUGGGGAAAGGUUAAGUCACAUCCGUGGUGGCCAGGUCAGAUAUUCAAUGAAGCGUUUGCGUCUCCCUCUGUUCGUCGUAUGAAGAAGAUGGGUUACGUUCUGGUUGCUUUCUUUGGAGAUAAUAGUUAUGGCUGGUUUGAUCCUGCUGAGCUUCUUCCUUUUGAACCUCAUGUAGCAGAGAAUUCGCAGCAAACUAGUUCAGGUCACUUUGCAAAAGCUGUGGAAGAAGCUAUGGAUGAACUAGGUAGAAGGUCAGCUCUUGGGUUGACUUGUAAGUGUCGGAAUCAGUAUAACUUUGGGCCUACUAAUGUUCAAGGUUACUUUGCUGUAGACGUGCCUGAUUAUGAUCUCCAAGCUGUUUACUCUUCUAAGCAGAUUCAGAAAGCUAGGGAUAGUUUUUCAUCUGUUCAAACUCUAGCUUUCGUGAAGCGGUGUGCAUUAGCACCUCAAGAGUGUGAUACAGACAGCUUAAAGUCUUUCCAGAAGAAAGUAGCGGUUUGUGCAUUCCGUAGGGCAGUGUUUGAGGAGUUUGAUGAAACAUAUGAACAAGCUUUCGGGGCAAGAUCUGUAUACUGUUUAGUGAAGACACAUGAACCAUUUAAUAGAGCACCCCUUCGAGUCCCCUUGACUGGCUCAUUGGUCAGUGCAGAAACUCUGGGCAACCCAAAGAGCUCUACAAAAGCUAUGAAUGUAAAGGAUUCUACUAAACAUGAAAAAAAUCUUCCCAAAAGAAGAGAGGGAGCUGGUGAUAUGACAGUUCAAUUUGGCCAGGUCCAAGAAUCUUCUCAGAUUCAGGGCAGCAACAGAUCUUCAGCUGGGGAUCAUGUACUGCAGAGAAGGACUCCACAUACCCAAACUCCCAGGAAACAUGAGCAGACCGGGCUUGUCAGCAUGAACUUCACCUCUUCAAGUGGUAAUAUUCCUGGAAAGAAAUCCUCUGUUUCAAAGCUCUCUCGGGAUGAUGACAAGGGUUUCACUCAUGAGAAAUUUAAAGCAGUGAAAUGCCUUAAACAAGAAGAGACUGGCACGAACUCUAGAUCUAACGAAGGCUCUCUCCAGCCUUUUAUUGGUGGGAAAUUUUCUGCAGGAGUUGGGAUCAAGAAAGGCAAUGUCGUGAAACGGUCUUCUGGCGAAAUGGAAUCUGAGAAUGGUCCUCCAGAGCCAAAGAAGAAGAAGAAAGAGUCUGUUUCAGAGCUGAACCGUGACACUCCAGAUAAGAGGAAAGCUUUAUCUUCUGGGGAAUCUUGGGCCAAGAAAUCAUCACAAGUGGAUUCAGCAAAGAGACACUCCAAUAGGUUGAUUGUGAGAAACUCUAAACUUGAUGGUCUGCAGAUGUUGAGUAAUUUGCAAGCUCUCUCGCUUGACUAUUUCUUUGGAUCCUCAGAUAGAAGUUCUAUUAGAGCUGUAAGGCAGUUCUUUCUUCAUUUCCGAUCACAUGUUUACCAGAAAAGCUUGGCCACAUCUCCGUUCACUACAGUACUGUCAAAAUCUGCGAAGACUUUGUGCAGAACUAAUGAACCAUCAAAGGCUGGGAGAAACCGCAUAUCGUCUGAGAAUCAACAAGAUGUCCCAUCAACUAAGAAGCUAAAGAAAACCAUUCAGUUCAAACCAAUGGCUUCUGACAAGAAAACAAAGCAAGAAGCAACAAAGAGAUCAACUCUUGCCACAUUUAAUCCAGUGAGAGACCAAGGUGGUCCAGUCCCCAUCAAUGCCAAACCAGCUAUAGUUCAAUCAGAAAAGAAGAAGGCCCCAUCUGCAAUGGUAGUUGAGCCAACAAUGCUGGUCAUGAUGUUUCCUCCUGGUACAUCUCUCCCUUCCACCGCUCUGCUUAAGGCGAGGUUUGGGCGCUUUGGACAGUUGGAUCAAUCAGCCAUCAGAGUUUCCUGGAAAUCCUCGAUAUGCCGUGUUAUCUUCAAGUAUAAGCUCGAUGCGCAGACUGCCUUAAGAUAUGCAUCAGGAAGCAACUCUAUCUUUGGCAACGUGAAUGUGACAUACUUUCUCCGCGACAUGAAAGCUUCUUCUGCAUCCGGAGAUCAUGAACAGAAGAAAGCCAAGGCAGACGAACCAAUCAUUGAACCAUUGAACCAGUGGCUAGAGAAAGCACCGCCAGUUCACCAACCAAACAUCCAGCUCAAGUCGUGUUUGAAAAAACCAGGCAAUAACGGUAAUGGUAACCACAGAACAGUACGAGUGAAAUUCAUGUUGGGUGAAGAAACAGAGACACCAUUUUCGGUUUCGGGUAGAAACAAUGGAAAUUACGCUUCUUCUUCAUCAUCAUCUGUUGCAAUGGAAUAUGUUAGUGAGAACACUCAAAACAUGGUUCCCUCAACAUUACCUCCGAUUCUUCCUCUCUCUUCACAAGACUCAGAACCAAAGCCUGUUAAUAAUCAAGUGAACCACGUCGAGCCACCUAUAAACCCGUCGCAGCUUACCGUGGACAUUUCCCUGCAGAUGAUGGAACUGUUAACAAGGUGUAACGAUGUUGUGUCUAACGUCACGUGUUUGUUGGGUUACGUCCCUUAUCAUUUCUUAUGAAAGAGUACA